GAAUGAUGCGCAUGCGCACUCAGGCAGGACACCUUGAGGUUCAGGACUCCAGUAGUCUGGAUCGUGGACCGAUAGAAGAUCUUUAACGCUUACGUUUUAAAUCAGAUUUGGAAAAGGGAGGAGUUGUUUUCCAGCCUGUUCUGUGCGAGAAGCGCAGGAGCUGAACUAAAGGCUGCUCCUGUGAAUAGUUCUGGUUCCGGUUCUGCUCUGCAUACACAGCCGACCGUUGGGGUGUACCCCACCUGAUUGCCCAUUGACCGCUGGAGAUAGGCACCAGCCCCCCGCGACCCUACGUGGACAAGCGGGUUCAGAAAAUGGAUGGAUGGAUGUAGCUGUGGGUGUCUUUGUCUGCAUGUGUGACAUUUUUCUGCAAUGGAAGAGGAAGAAACAAUCUUUCAUAUUUCGCCUCUCAAGAUCAUUUACUGAUCACUGCACACCAGCAUGUCCUGUGUAAGUCAGGUUCUGGGCAACAGAACCAGGCUGGUGAAGUACCUACCUGGGAUCCACGUGUUGGCACAAAGUCUGACAGGAACUAGAGCUGUCUCAGCUGAAUCGUCCUGCUCCCAUCAGCCCAGGGGGGGCAUCACUCCUGUUAGCUUGGGACUAGACCAUUUUGGAAAUCUGACUGGUUUGGGGGAUUCCAACUGCAGCCUGAAAGCAGCUGAGGAGGAGAAAAAGCAUUUGGUCUCACAGACCAUGAUGGAUCUUCAGUCUUCGCUAUCCAGCAAAGAGGGACACCCAUUAAAACUGGUCCAGUUCACUGGAGAAUUAUCUGAAAAAGAGGACCCAGCCUUUUCUCAUGAUUUCCGCCUAACUGAACAAUUAUUUGACAGCUCAACAGUCGAGUGUGCCAUACAAUCCUGCCCUGAGUCAUUAAAAAAAGAUUUCUGCUCCAUGUUUCCUGAGGCUCCAUCCUCUGAUAUGAUGGUAAUCACAGUGGCCCACAAAACCCAGAAUGAUAUGUCAGCAUGGAGUCCUGAUGUGGAACAGGAGAGAGAACAAAUGCUUGACCAGUUUGUUCAUGCAGCCAAGGAGAUCUGCUCUGCUUUGCAGAGAGACGGCUUCUGGGCAGACUUCAUUGAUCCAUCUUCUGGUCUAGCAUUUUUUGGUGCGUACACCAACAACACUCUGUUUGAGACUGAUGACCGAUACUCUCGCUUGGGCUUCCACGUUGACGACCUGGGCUGCUGCAGAGUCAUCCGCCAUUCUCUGUGGGGAACACGUGUUUUCGUGGGGACAAUAUGCACCAACGCCCCUCCAAGCUCGCCUAUUAUGAAAAAGUUGCAGUACAUCUGACGGAAGUCCUAGACCGUGGGCUUGACUGUUGUGUAAUAGUAACCUAAUAUGUGUUUAGAUUUUUGACAUUACAGGUCAUUUGAUAUGACUUAUGCAUUAAAACAUGACUGUAAGAAAUGGA